AUGGAUGGACUGUCGUCUGCAGCUAGCGUGAUCGCGAUCAUUCAACUCGCGGGCAGUAUUGUGAAAUUUUGUGGGGGCUACAUUCAGGAAGUUAAGGAUGCUCGAGACGAGAUAGUCGAGCUACAGCAAACAGUUGCAGGUCUUGCAGGAGUUCUUCAGGAAAUGAAAGUACUCCUUCAAGGUCCCAAUGGCGCGAAGCUCUCCAGCUCUAACACCCUGAAUGAUCCUAUUAAUAAAUGUCAUUCAACCCUCAAAUCCUUGGAAAUGACGGUUGAUCCGGGUAAAGGGAAGAGAGCGAUGAGGAAAUUGGGAUUUCGGGCGUGGAAGUGGCCACUUGAUCGCAUAGAGGCGAAAAAGAUUAUCGAGGAUCUCGAAAGAUACAAGUUGUCUUUCAUUUUGGCCUUGAACAUAGAUCAAACGGUUCUCCUCGCCAAUAUAAGUGACACCACCGAACGCUUACAUUGCAACAUGAACCUAAGACAGUUGUCAGUUGCACACGAUGCUUUAUUCGACUCAAAUGUGAACCAGUAUGAAGAUGAUUGUCUUCCAGGCACAAGAGGACACGUGCUUCGCCAAGUUGAGGAAUGGGCUACGCUGCCGCAAGGGAAAUGCAUUUUUUGGUUGAACGGUAGAGCUGGGACCGGGAAGUCCACUAUCGCACGAACGGUGGCAAAGUCUUUCAGCAAAGCAAAUUUACUCGGUGCAAGCUUCUUUUUCAAGCGGGGCGAAGCGGACCGCGGCCAUGCGGCGAAGCUUUUCCCAACAAUUGCAAGACAGUUGGCGAGGAACAUUCCUCAACUGAUACCUGGUAUCCAAAAGGCAAUUCAGGACGACUCUGAAAUCUCAAAAAAGGGGUUGAAAGAGCAAUUUGAUAAAUUGCUCCUCAAACCAUUGCUCAGUUUGAAGGUAUCCACCGUCCCAAUUCCAACUGCGGUGAUCGUGAUUGACGCAUUGGACGAGUGUGAAGUAGAAAAUGAUGUGCCGCUCAUUCUGCAACUGCUUCCGCUUCUACAGAAAUCAAGCAUGAUACAUCUGCGGCUUCUUGUGACCAGUAGACCAGAUCUACCAAUACGACGGGGGUUUUCAAGCAUUGCGAACAAUGAUUAUGAAUUUUUUGUUCUCCAUGAGAUACCUACCGGUGAGAUCCAGAACGACAUAUCAUUAUUUGUACAGCACCGGAUUUCAGAGAUUAAGGCGGAGCGCUCUUUACCUGUCGACUGGCCAACAAGCACGGAUUUAAAUAAUCUUGUGACAUUAUCAGUCCCAUUGUUUAUUUUUGCUGCUACUGCAUGCCGUUUGUUUCAGGACCCUCAUUGGGAUCCAGUGGAUAGUCUGGCUGAUAUUCUUGCAUAUCGAAAUGAGGGAACUAAGCUCGAAGGAAUGUACGUUCCUAUACUUAACCGAAUCCUUUACAAGCAAAGUAAAAAGCAGGGGAAACGGCUAGUUCAAGAGUUCAGAACAGUGGUUGGUACAAUCAUGAUGCUCGAGAGCCCACUCUCAGUCAACGUCCUUUCAAGACUUAUCGGCUUCCCUGAGCGGCUGAUCUAUUUACGGCUGAGCCCAUUACACUCAGUUUUGAGUGUGCCAGAAAAUAAGGCAUUACCAGUGCGGCUAUUUCAUCUAUCAUUUCGAGAUUUUCUUCUGGAUCCCGAAACUAGCAGCAAAACAUCUUUCUGGAUAAAUACAAAAGAGACACAACAAUUAUUGACCACACGAUGCCUCUUUCUAUGUUACAGUCUGAGAAGGAAUAUAUGUGGAUUGCAAAAUGACGGAAUCCCGCGUACAGAGAUCGAUCUUCAGGCAGUUGACCGUUACCUGCCUCUAGAGUUACAAUACUCCUGUCGUUAUUGGGCACAUCACCUAGUGAAAAGCAAAGACCUAGGUGCCAGCUUAGACGAAGCCUAUGCCUUUCUCCAAGUCCAUUUUCUGCACUGGGUGGAAGCAAUGAGCAUAUUAGGUCUUAUCUCCGAAGUUUUGGUAGCAAUCAAUUUGCUGCAAUCAACCCUACAUGAGAUGAAGUCUCAUGAGAUUUCGGACUUUUUAUACGACGCAAAACGUUUUUUUCUGAAAAAUUGGCAGAUAGCUGAUGAGAUACCUCUCCAAUUAUAUUGCACUGGGCUUGUGUUUGCACCUAAAAAUGCAAUAAUUCGGAAGAAUUUUGACAGAGAGCUUCCUGAUUGGCUCUGUAAGUUCCCAGAUGUCGAAAAUACUUGGAGUGCGGAAUUGCAGACUCUUGAAAGUCAUAUGGGCGCAGUUUACUGCGUGGCAUUUUCACUCGACGGCCGUUUUAUAGCCUCCGCCUCCUGGGAUAAGACCAUCAAAUUGUGGGAUGCCACCACUGGAGCUUUACAGCAGACACUUGAGGGCCACUUAGAUUCAUGCAGGUCGGUCGUUUUUUCACCUGACGGCCGUCAGCUGGCAUCUGGCUCCUGCGAUAAGACAAUCAGACUCUGGGAUACCGCCACUAGUGCUCUAAGGAAGACUUUUGAGGGACACUCAGAUUCAUGUAAGUCUGUCGCAUUCUCGCCUGAUGGCCGGGUUUUAGUAUCAGGAUCCGAGGAUAAAACGGUUAGGAUCUGGGAUUCAACCACAGCAGCCUUACAGAUGUGCCUUCACGGGCAUCGUAGUGCGGUCUUCUCGGUGAAAUUCUCCCCCGACGGCCAAUUUCUGGCGUCUGGGUCCGAGGAUGAGACAAUAAAAAUAUGGGAUCCUACUACAGGCGCUCUGCAGCAGACUCUAGAAGGCCAUUCAGGUUGGGUUUUCUCUCUAGCAUUCUCCGCCGAUGGUCGAUGCCUGGCAUCUGGCUCCAACGAUAGAACAAUUAUGCUCUGGGAAACCACCACAGGGAUUCGACAGCAAACUUUGAAGGGUCAAGAUGGAUUUCAAUCUGUGGUUUUUUUAUCUGACAACCGUACAUUGGUAUCUGGUUCCCUGGAUAAAAGUCUUCAACUUUGGGAUACCGCCACAGGCACCUUGCAACGGGUUCUAAAGGGCCAUACAGUCGGCGUUCGGUCUGUGGCAUUCUCACCCAAUAGCCAUCUCUUAGCAUCCGGUUCCCAAGAUGGGACUGUUAAACUUUGGGAUAUAGUCACGGAGACUCCACACGAGGCACUUCAAAACCCGUCAGAUCGGAUUCGAUCUAUGUCACUCUCCCCUAAUAGCCGUCUUCUGGCACUCGGUUCAGACGAUACAACAGUCAGACUUUGGGAUAUGUCCACAAACACCCCCCUACAAACUCUUCGGGGCCAUUCAAAUUGGAUUUGGUCGGUGGUAUUCUCAGCUGAUGGCUGUCUUCUUGCAUCCUGCUCUAAAGAAAUAAUUAGGGUCUGGGAUGUAGUAACGGGCAAUCUGUUCCAAACUCUCAAGAGCCAACCAGGCGAAUUUCGGAGUAUAGCGUUCUCUGCAGACAGUCAAGCCCUGGCUUCUGGUUCUUGUGAUAAGAUGGUUCGAGUCUGGGAUGUUGUAGCGGGCACUCUGAGACAGACUCUCGAAGGCCAUUCUGGUUGGGUUUGGGCUAUUGCCUUCUCUGCCAACGGUCAUAUAAUAGCCUCCGGCUCAGAUGAUAACACAGUUCGGCUAUGGGAUGCUGCAACUGGAGCCAUACGACAGACACUUAAGGGUCAUUCAGGCUGGGUUCGAUCUGUUGCAUUCUCCGCCAACAAUCAUACCCUUGCGUCCGGCUCGGAAGAUAAGACAGUCAGGCUCUGGGAUAUCGUCACAGGCGUCCUUCAGCAGACCAUUAGUGCGCAGGAAACAGUGGUUGAGCUGCAAUUUUCAGAUGAUGGAACACACCUAACAAGCAAUCUCGGAUAUAUUGGAGUCGAAUCCAGAUGCGUGGAUGAAAUAUCCAAGCCGCUUCCCUCAAAUGCCCAGAUAUUCAUAAAGGGACAUCAGUGGAUAACGCUCCACGGCAUAAAGGCACUUUGGCUUCCUCCUGAUUUUCGGCCCACCUGUUCGGCGGUUCAAGACAAAACGCUUGUUCUCGGACAUGAAUCGGGACGGAUUUCAAUUAUAGAGUUCAUUUUAUAG